AAUCAAACAAUAAUAAUAAUGUCACCAAAUAUUAGAGAGAACCUUAAUACUAUACUAAAGGGUAUCCAGGAUAAUAAGAUACUUGAGGUAUUCGAUAAAUAUUAUCACAAUAAUGUUGUGAUGUAUGAGAAGGGUGAUUCAACCAAUCGUGUUGGAAAGGAUGCAAAUAGAAAGUCUGAACAAUCAUUUGUCGACAAUGCCACUAUCCAUGAGGCCAAAGUCUUGAAGAUAUUGGUCGAUGGCAAUAACACUGCUUAUGAGAUGUACAUGGACUUUACCUAUGGAGGUCAUAAUGUUAAGAAGACCCAAUGGGCCAUCCAACAAUGGCAGGAUGGUUUGGUGAUCAAGGAGGAGUUCUACUAA